UGUGAAAAAAGAAACGUCUCGGGCUCGCUGCGAGCAGCGCAUUCCCCAUUGACGAGGCACACUACUUCUGCCGUUGACAUACAGUACACAGUAGUAGCAUGGAAGGCCUGAGCAUUUCUGCCGUCGGCGUCCGUCGCGCUUCGACUUCCACGGCAUCGUCGUCGUCGUCGCACGGGUCAGUGGGCCGCAGCGCGAUAACCCCCUCUCGUCAUGGAUCGUCGACUUCGUCGUCCAGCAAGCACGUGACUGACUCGAGUCGGUACAAGCUGUCGGAAGGGUGCUCGGUGAACGACGAGAACAACGAAAUCGACGACGGCAAGUACCCUGAGCCGACCAAGAUGUACCGCCCCAAGGAAUGGUCGCCCGAAGUCGAAGAAGCGUUUCGCAUCCAGCAAACGGGAUGGCGAGACAUUAACGACUACAAGAACAAGUACGGAGACCCCGAUCGAUGGGAAAACGGGUUCAUCCGAUGCACACGGGUGAAAGCCAGUGGGUAUUACACGUACUGGCGCAACACCCGCGAGUGCGAAGACAAGCACUUGAUCAAAGUCAAGGUGUUUGAAUACUAGUUUGACCAGCAGCCGCAGCCGCAGCACCUCUCGGCUAUAUUCCUUCCAUAAUGGACUCUAUUUUUUCAUUCAAUUUGGUGUGUAUUCUACUGCAGUUUGGUUGACAUCAUCACGGGGUACUUUGAGGGGCUUAUAGUCCCCACAAAACAUAAGCCACCACCACCGCCAAAAGCGGCACAAGUCCUGCCAACACCCACGCCAGCGACGUGGUUUGAGUCGUCGGCACGUUUUCAUCAGGGACGACCUGCGGGGGGGAGUUCUUGGAGCUGCUCUCGUCGAGCAACCGUCCUCCCCAGCGCUUCUUUUCCUCGAUUUUGGCCAGUUCCAGCCUCUCUUUGCAUGUCGUCCAAGCCUAAGUUUGGGGGGUGGUUGCGGGAAGCUGUUGCUGGUCGGGGUCGUCAGGUACCUGUCGAAUGGCCUUGUCGGUA